UUUUAAAUAACUGGAUUGUCCCACUCUAUACAAAAGUAAUCGAAUCAAACUACACCGAAUUGUAUGGUUCGGCUCCAUUUUUGGUUUUUGGACUUUGCUCUCCAUAUUUGGUGAGCAUUCGACAUUAUAUUAUAAUCCAAAUCCUCCCGAACUUUUGUAGGGAUACAAAAAUACUUUUGGGACGGGUUUGGCUCAAACAAUUGAAACAACACCAAACAGAAGAUGCAGGUCUCUCCAAUCAAAUUGCAAGUGUUUUCUAGUUCUUCUCUACCUGCCCCUGCAAAUCCCGACCCGAACCCGGGUUGUUUUGGGAUCCGAACUACCCUGGAUUGCCCGCCGGACCUCUCAAUUAAGCUCGCGGCGACAUCGAACAGCAAACCAUGUUCUCCGGCGGGAGAAUUUUUCCGGCAGCUCUCUGUGUCUUCUGUUCUCCUGGUGGGCCUGGGCUUGAACAGCAUUUGGGCCUUCCCGUCCGCAGCUGCGGCCCGUAUUCCUCCUGCCUCUACAUCCUCCUCGGUGCACCAGCAGGAGAGUCUCGAAAAUGUGGUUGUGGAGGAAUCCGAAAAUUUUGAUGAUGAGGAUAUGGAAUUAGCAUUUGAAAAGUGGAAGUCUAAAUCAUAUGCAUUGACAGUCCCUCUGAGAGUAGUUGCUCUCGAAGGUUCAUUUCCUCCUGUGUGGCUACGGGAUUUCUUGCGGUCCCAAGGUAAAAGGGUCCGUUUCCGUCCAGAGUACCGUAGAAGCCUGGGAGAUAUAUUUUAUGAAAUUGCUGAUCCAUAUAAAAAAGGGAAAAUCAAUCCUAAAUCUGCCAUGGCAGCUGAUCUCGUUACUCUUGGUGAUUCCUGGCUGAAUUUUGCCAUUAGCCAGGAGUUAAUUGAGCCCAUCCAAGGAGCAGAAGACCAAGAUUGGUUUCAAGAAUUGAGUGAUAAAUGGAAGGAAUAUUUACGCAGGAGCAGUGACGGAAAUUUGGAUUCUGGGGGCAGAAUAUAUGCCGUGCCAUAUCGUUGGGGAAGCAUGGUGAUAGCUUACAAUAAAAAAGAAUUUCAAAAGCAUAAAUUGGCACCAGUAGAGGACUGGUCUGAUUUAUGGCGCCCUGAACUUGCUCGAAAGAUUUCGAUGGUUAAUUCACCCAGGGAAAUUGUUGGAACAGUUUUGAAGUACAUGGGGGCAUCAUAUAAUACCACUAAUAUUGAGUCCCAAGUACUUGGCGGGAAACAAGCAGUACUGCAACAGCUGCAAAAGCUUGUUCAACAGGUCCGAUUUUUUGAUACUAAGGACUAUUUGAAAGCCUUUAGAGCAGGACAAGUAUGGGUAGCCGUCGGUUGGAGCAGUGAUGUUCUUCCCUUUGCCAAAACACUGUCAAAUGUUUCGGUAAUAGUUCCUAAAUCCGGUGCUAGCUUGUGGGCUGAUUUCUGGACAAUCCCGGCUACCUCAAGACUCGUCGGCGAACAAUUAGGAGGGAGAGUAAGGGGACCGUCACCACUCGUCGGGCAGUGGAUUCAGUUCUGUUUGCAACCACAAAGAGCUUUGCCUUUCAAAGAAGAGAUUGCAUCAGGUGCAUCUCCAAUUUCACUCGAGGCCCCAAUUGAAGAGCCACUUAGCCGUGUUGAAGGCAGACCUAAGUUGGAUACGAAUCUCAUCGCUAAUGUUCCACCAGCUGACAUUUUGUCCCGAUGUGAAUUCUUGGAGCCAUUGUCUGAAAAUGUGUUGUCCGAUUAUGAAUGGCUAAUGGGUCAUUUGCAGAAACCUGACGAUGGUAUUGUGAACAAGGUUAGGGUCUCUUUGUAUUCUGCGUUUGCUGCAUUUUUGUCGAAAAUGCAGUUUAAAGGGACAUAAAUUGCUCUUUGUAGGACUUGGGAAGUGAAUACAAACAAUUGAAGCAGAAUUGUAACAUGAUGUGGUUGAUGAAAAUUUUUUGAACAAAAAAACAAAUCACACGUUUGAAUCUUUUCGAAAGAGGAUAGUUACUCAGCCUGAAAAUAUAGGGAAGACUGUGAUUCAACUACAUUCUCUUUCACAUUCUAGCCAAUGAAUGGAGAGAUGAGAGAAAUAUUAUUGUCAUUUUCAAAAAAUUAGUUAUUUAAUUUAUUUUCUUUCUUAUUUAUAAUUUUUUAGUUUGGUCAAGCG